AUGUGGCUACCACCACGAGAUGGCCUAGAGACGCACGCCGAGCUCCCCGAGGGCUGCUACGACCACCCAGUGGUGAUUCUGUCCCCGCAAGCGUCACCUCCAGAUGAUUAUGUCGUGGUUUUGAUUGUGACCUCCUUCGAUGAAACGGAUAUCCGCGACAGAUUCCCCCGCGAUCGUGAUGCCGCGCUGAGGAGAGCGUACUUGCCCAUCCACCCAGCCAGCAACCCAGACGUAGAGACUGUUCUUCACCUUGCGGACGGCGCCGAGCUAAGCAAGAAGUCGUACGUCAACACGCGCAAGAAGCAUACCGUCCCCCUCCGCAUCAUCCGACCCUACGUCGGCCACGGCCCCGCCGCCGCUGAACAGUACAUCCUGACCCGCGAGUCCUACCUCGCGCUAGCCCGCCACGCCAGAUUUGACACCUACCUUCCCGCGACCGUCCGCGAGCCCGGCCCCCUCCUGGCCGAGCUCCCGCCGGCCGAGCGCCUCGGCCUGGAACCACCAGUCUCGCACGGCACCAUGGCCGUCGCGAAAGCACCAACACCACCACUGUCUCCCAUCCUGCGGGAUACUUCCCCCUACACCACCCCCGCCCUCCGAUCCUACCCGCCGGCCGAGCGCCUCGGCCCGGCACCACCAAUCUCCUACGGCACCAUCCCCGUAGCGAGAGCAGCACCACCGCCGCCACUGCCUCACCUCACGCGGGAUGACUUCCUCCGCACCACCACCACGCCCGCCCUCCGACCCUACCAUUACCCGUCCCGUCAAAGCCAGCACGACGCCACGCCGCUGCCGCGCUUCCACUACUCGCAACCCACAGCUCGCUACCGCGCCGGCGCCACCCUCUGGCCGGACGGCAGCGGUCUUCCCUCAGGCCGCGUCGGACCGCUCCUCCCGUUCCCUCGCAAGCUCUUGCUAUACGCCAUCGUCGUGUGCUUGUACUGCGGCGGCCUGUGGGCGGGCUGGGCGUACCGCGCCGAGAUCGGGGCUGCAUUGUUAGCCGGCGUGCGGAUGGAGAUGCUGGGCAGACACUCGGACUCGUUCCCGGAAUGCGCUCUCGAAGCCCGGAAAGGCGACCAAGACCUUGCAACUGUUUGA